CUAGAUUUAAAAAAGAAAUCUAUUUGGGUUUGCUGUGUAUGCCGCCUGUCUACCUGGAUGUUUUACUUAACGGGCUGCAUAUUAAUUGUAGCAAACUGGCCGUGCUGGCUGAGAAACGAUGCUAAUUCUUUGAUAAUAUUACAUUUAUCUGUUCAGUGGUAACAUUUCAUUUGUGCGAUUUAACAGCCAUGUAGGUCGCUGCGGCUUACAUAAGCAGACGCCGGGUUGUUUACAGUGGCAUACGGGAGCACCCCGCUUUUUAUUUGAAAAACAGGCGCACAUUUCGGUAAAUGUUGGAGUAUAUACGACAUUUUUUAUGUGUUACGGGCACAAUCCAGCGUCUGUCUGGGGACGAACUGCUUGCACAGCAGGACACGCCAAGCCCGAGAUUGAGCGUCCCUUUGCGGGCUGGAUAAGAGAGCGGGCGUACUCGGGAGCGAUCGCCUCCGAUGAUGUGGCUGCUUGCUGGUGUAUUUAUAAACAUGCACCUUAUUUUUGAAGUAACGAAGAAAUAUGGCACCCGGGAACGAGAAAAAGAUGGAUUUACCGGACAGCUGAUCCCCUUCUCACAGUCAUUUUGGGAUGAUGUAUUAUGCAGAAGGCGAUGGGAUAAGCUGCCCAGUGCUCUGUAGAUCGGCAUGAAGGGAAGAUCAUCAGGAAAGUGGAACAAACCACAUAGGCAGCCCGAUAUAGGAGAGAGCUGACCUUUCACAUCCACCAGAACUUCACUCGGUGCAAAAACAUUAUAACUGAUCUGCCCACUAAUCGAGAUUUUAGUUUAGGUUACACAGGCAUGUAACAUUAAUGUACGCAAUAUCUUGUGUGCUGGAUGUUUGGGGUUUUAGUAUAUUCAUAUAUUUUAUAGAUAUAUAAUGUGAAUAUAAGAAAUGUAUGCUUGACGUUUAUGCUUUUAAUAUAGGUAUACAUUUUACAGGUAGGCCUAUUUAAUGUAAAUAUAGAUAAUAUUUUUCUGAUGAGUGCUUGGUAUUGUGUCGAGGAUUUUUUUUUUCUUCUGGAUAAUACUUAACUAAAACGUACUGAUUAUGCAAACUGGCGUAUAUAAAUUGCCCAUAGUGUGUGUGUCUGUGUGCCCUGUGACGGACUGGCACCCUACACAGGCUGCACCCCUGUUCGGUGUGGGAUAGGCUCCAGGAUCCCCCACGACGCUGUUCCGGAUAAGCGCCUGGAUGAUGGAUGGAUUACGCCAGAAACAAGGCCAACUGGAAGUUUCCCAGCGUUCUGCCCUACUGAUCCAGGAAGGAUGUCCAACGACCCCCCCCCUCCGUACCCCGGGGGUCCCAGCGCCCCCCUCAUCGAGGAGAAGAACGGCCAGCCGGCCGUCACAGCCACCGCCCCAGUGAUGACGGGACCUCCACAGGGACCACCACUCCCUCCAGAGUAUGGACCCCCACCCUACGAGCCCAGUGCCCACAUGGGCUUUGUGCCCCCGCAUGUUCCAGGGGAGGGACCCCCCAUGCCCAUGCCCAUGCCACACCCCUACGUGGGACAGCCCACCCCUGGUCGCUACCCUGCCCAGCCAGGCCGGCCCACCACAGUGCUGUCCCCCCUGGGAGCCACCACCAUGGUGACGGUGCUGCAGGGCGAGAUGUUCCAGUCGGCACCAGUGCAGACAGUGUGUCCACACUGCCAGCAGACCAUCAUCACAUCCAUCUCCUACGAGAUUGGCCUCUUGAACACACUUUUCUGCCUCUUCUGCUGCUUUGUGGGGUGCGACUUCGGCUGCUGUCUGCUCCCUUGCCUGAUCAACGACCUCAAAGAUGUGACGCAUACCUGUCCCUACUGCAAGGGCUACAUCUACACAUACAAGCGCAUGUGCUAACGAGGGCACGUUAGCCUGUCACCCAGCAGCCGCCCCCCCCUCGCUCUGCCCGCUGCCGUAGGCUCUAAUGGAUGCACGUUUCCCCCAUUGAACCAUGUCCAUACUCACACGCUCCUGUACUGGGACCGCUGCGUCUGGUAUUCUGUGAGAAUGAGAGUGACCCCUUUAAGGUGGUGUGCAAAAGAGGCGGAGCUGAAGUCAGAUCACGCAGCUGGUUUUACGUCGAUAUUCUCAGAUCGCACAGCUGGUCUUUCGUUGAUAUUCUCAGAUCGUACAGCUGGUCUUUCGUUGAUAUUCUCAGAUCGUACAGCUGGUCUUUGAUAUUCUCAGAUUGCACAGCUGGUCUUUCGUUGAUAUUCUCUGAUCACACAGCUGGUCUUGCGUCGAUAUUCUCAGAUUGUACAGCUGGUAUUUUUUUCGUCGAUAUUCUGUAUGAAAGCUGUGGUAGUGAAGUGAGGUGGAGACCAUGAAUAUGAUAGUAGGUAGGUACCCCUGGAGAGUUUAGCAUCACAGACCGAACCAAAGUCUGAGGCAGCGCCAGUGAAAGUUUGAUGGACAUUUAUUUAAAACAUGACUUUAAGUUAUUUUAACAGAUGGGAGUCUAAGCAAGCAGGGCCUGGGUUCUGUCUGAGGGACCUGCUUUGCCCCCGUUCACCACGCCCUACGUGCCCUACAGGUGCCACUAAGACCUGCUCAUUUUGGGUCAGGAUUCACUGACAUACAGCUGUCAUUGUUAAAAAGGGCAGAAAUUCAGAUUACCCAGAAAAUCCCUUUUCCACAGUAUGCAAAAGAAUGUUACACUUCUACGAGUCCCCAUACCUGCAUCCUCUGCUGAUGUCUGUGGUGAUGUUCGUUAUGUGACUUUUAAUUCAAGAGCAUAUUUGGGAAGCUGGUAAAUAAAACAUUCAAACAUU